AUGGCUUUUACUGUAAAAAUAAGAAAUAAAAAUUAUGCAUCAUUUGAAUCAUUAUGUGAAGCUGGUUUGGAAGCCAUUAAAGAAUGGUUUUGCAGUGUGCAUUGCCGUCCAAAUGAAAAAGUUUAUUAUAGAACGACAAGAGAAGUUGGUAUUCGUACUUAUUUUGUUGAACGUGUUAAUGUAGGGAAGCUAGUACUGAAGGUACGUAUACAAUCAACAGAUAUGAAACAAUCAAAAAAUACUGGUACAUUUGAAGUUUUGUCAUCGUACGAUGAAAUUCAUAAAAUUCUUAAUGACUCGUUGGAAACAUUUCGAGUUAAUGGUAAGCCCUUGGAAGCUGCUGGGUAUUAUCGAAAAUUGUCGGAGUAUUUUGAUAUCGGACGUGAUCGAUUAAUUUAUGUAUUAAAAUGGAUUAAUGAAACUAUUGAAGUUGAUCGUACUGUAUCAAAUACUUAUGAUGUUAAUGGUGACCAUCAUCCGUGCAAAGAGUUGAAUAAUGACAAUGUUGAUCAAGAGAAUCACACAGAUGAUGAUAAUGAUGAAAACGAUUGUGAUAAAACUAGUGAGGAAGACAGCUGCGCCGAUGAUUUUAAUCAAAAUGCACGAAAGUUUACUGUUGCAGAAGAAUCAACAUUAUCACAGAUUCCAGUAUCAAUACUGAAGGCAAAAUGCACACAAUUUCCACGAAAACGAGCAAAUUCAGAAUCAAUGGAUCGUUCGCCAUUAUCACAACCGAAAAGGCUAAAUCGUACGUUGGAAAAUUUAACAAUUUGGAAUAAUAAGGCUGCUGCCUUCAAAACAAUGCCACCAUUAGAUAGAAAACAAAGACGUGUUGGUUUACAACGAAAUCAAUAA